AUGAGCUCUAAGGAUAUUGAUUAUCUAAAGUCAAAUAAUGUGGACAUUUAUCAGCUUUUAGAGGUCCCUAAUGAUGCCCAAGAUGUCACCAUAAGGAAGGCUUACCGUAAACAAGCAUUGAUAUACCAUCCAGAUAAGAAUCCAUCACCAAGUGCUGCUGAGAAAUUCCAUUCAAUAUCACUAUCUCUGAAAGUGCUCACAGAUAAACAUCUACGAAGUGAAUAUGACAAUUGGUUGAGUUCAAAGAAAUUGGAAAGUCUGCGAACUGAGAAACUAGAUGCUAGCAGAAGAAAAAUGAAGGAUGAUUUAGAAAGGGCAGAAAAUGAUGCGAGUUCACAAGGUUUUACAUGGAAUAAACGUGCUGCUACUGAGAGUGCAAAUAGAUUUGGUGCUGAGCUAGAAAGACUAAGGCAAGAAGGUGCGCAAAAGAGACGAGAAUUUGAGAAACAAUACUUGUCCAAAUUUGAUAGUGAUGAAGUUUCUAAGAGAACAAAAUCGUCAGUAGCAAAUGAUUCAACACAGCUAGAUUUCACUGUUAAAGUGAGGUGGAAAAUUAAAGAAGGGAUCUCGGAUUUGUUUAACGCUGAUAUAUUGAGUGGGAUUAUGUCGGUAUUUGGAGAAAUUGAAUCCGCAAACAUUUUACCAAGAGGGUCAGAAUCAAGAUAUGAUACUGGUUUAGUCAAAUUUAAAUCCAAAAGUUGUGCUAUAGAAGCUGUCAAUCAUGAUUUUUCACGUAAAAGUUCAAAAUGGGAAGGUACAUCAUAUCGGAAACUUUCCGGGCUCUUAAGAGAAGCCAAGUGGAACAAGAAACAACCAAAAAACAUCCCAAAUGAUGGUAUUUUGAACAAAGAUGAAAUGAGUUUUGAAGAGUAUAUGAAUCUCACGUUGUUGAAACUAAAAGAGGCCAAAGACCCGAAACAUCUUCGGAGAAAGUUUGAAGUAUAAAAUUGAACAUUAAUGAACCAAACAACCACUAAAAGAC